UUGUAUUUAAGGAAAUAAGUGUGACAUUUGAAAACUGUAAAAGCUACUUGUUAAAUCAUACGUGUGGGGAAGGUUGGAGUGAGGAGGUAGAAGCGAAAGUGUUCAGUCAGUGUGAGGUUACAGCUGAGUAAGCAACAGCCCCGCCACCACCAGGAUCCUACACCAGCUGCCUUAGUCUGCCUAUUCAUAUUAUGACGGUGGUGAGCAAUGGUAGUGGGAUGCCUGGGGUAGAGGAAGAGGAGGGUGUCACAGGCGAUGAGACAGACACAACACCUCCAGUAGACUCUCAGGCCAAGAAGGAGGAGCCAUCAGAGGACUCUAGAAACAUCAAGGAGGAGGAGGAGGAGGUAGCCACGGAUACCAGCACCUCAGCUGACACCUCGGCCUCCAGAGUCUCCUCAAGGAUAUUGGGAUCCAAGAUCAUGUGGGCGUGUAAACUAUCAUGUGUCUUGCUCACCAUCAUCAUUGUCGUUCAAAGCAGUUCCUGGGCUAUAACGUCAGAAGGGGGGCCGUUAAUGAAAAAAACCCCAUCUCCACAACCUUUCUUCCCUCGUCACUCUCUUGUGUCUGACUUUUACACUGGAGAUAUAGUGGGACUUACUGAGCGUCUCCUAGCAGCAGACCUUUCACUUGUUGUCUAUUAUGCUCCCUGGGAUAGAGACUCUCAACUGAUACGUUGGGAAGUGGAAAAAGCUGCCAGAUAUCACCACGAACAGAUAUACUUUGCUGCCGUCAAUUGCUGGCAUCCUCAGUCAGAAUGCAAAACCAGAUACAAGAUCCGAACCUUCCCAGCAAUAGUUCUUCAUGUACGGUCUGUGUCAGGCAUGGAGACAAAAGCUAUAGCAUAUGGAGGAUCACAGGAUGCUGGACACAUUAUCCGGUUUCUUAGAAGAGCAUUGCAACCUCUCAGCCAUGUUGCCAGCCACUCGGAUCUUGCUAAAUUGCAGAUGGAACAUAGUGUUGUGGUACUGGGCUACUUUGAUUUUACAUCAGUGAGCCAUUUACCAAAAGGUUUUAACUCGUAUUUUCUGGCUUCUCUGCGUGCCUUACAACAUGACAAGACCAAUUCCGUUGCUUGGGGUGUGGUUACAAAUCCUAGAGCUGCCACAGCCCUAUCCUUCAGUAUCACUCAGUCAGUUCACUUGGUGCUUUGGAACACCACAUUGGUGUUUACAAGUGCUGCUUCAUCAGAUAGUGAGGCGAUCAGUAAUUGGGUAUUCAAACGGCUUGAUGAGACUGCCAUGUGGUUAGAUGUGCCUGGAACCAAGAGUCUGACACUAGAUCAUAUUUUACAAAGCGGCCCAGCAUUGAUCCUCUUCACUCCAGAUAACCCAUACCAUGCUUCCAACGAUCCCUUCACUGUGCUUCGUGAAAUCUCUUUGGACUACUAUAACUGUGAUCAUUCAAGCCGUGUGUCAAACUUGGCUCGAUACUUGGGCUCAGUGAGGUCAAGGGGUCGUGGUCAGCUUCGGCAGGCAGAAAGGGUGUGCAGAAACUACCUACAGGACCAACUUCGUGUUCUGCACAUGUCACGACAGCAAUUAAAUUUAAAAGAUGAGACUUGUUGUCGCAGUAUGCCUACUAAUGAGGCAGGAACUGCAACAGCAGAGGGCCAAAGAAAAGUAUGUGAUGUCUGUGUACAUCCAACUAACAAACCCAGCAGUCCUGAAGAAGAACAAUGCACCAACCCCAUUUCAUGGGAAGAAGAAUCCAACUUGCUCCAGCAUGUUAACAGCCUCAUGACUGUGUUCAGUGAUUCAUGCCGUGAAUUGGUGCUUCAGUACAGUCCCUGGGAGCAUUAUUCUGUCUGCUGCCAACGAAAUAGUACUCCUGCUAAGGGAAAGACAACACACACCCAGAAUACUGAAGAGCAAAAAGAAGAAUUUAAAAGUGUGGAGAUUGCAGUUGGGGAUGAUCGUAUAGAAAAGCUUGUUGUCUUGGCUGCAGAAGAUCAGUGUAAACGUCUUUUCCAUGGCGCUCUAUUAGCUCCUCCUGCACUUCUGAAGGAUCAACAUCCAGCACCUGAUGUAACUGGUCUGGGAUGCAAGACAAACCGAACACUGUCAUUUGUUGCACUGGACACCCUACAUCACAAAGAUGUAGCAGAGAGACUUGGAGUUAACCUUACCACUAAGGACCUUUCCAAUACAGCAGCUGUUAUUGUGGACCUCCAGAAAGAAUCUCAUUUCAUCAUGGAUGCCAGUUUAUCCAAAAUGACAUUAGCUAAUUUCAUUAUCAACUACACACAUGGGCUCCUGGAUAGAACUAUGGUGACUGGAGCAAAGCAUGUAAAAAAUUGUGGCUCAUCCCAGAUCUGCAUUCAGGAAUUGACAUCAGAAAAUUAUAUCACAGUCACACAGCAAACAGGAAAGAUGGUUGUAGUAUUGCACUACAGUCACAACUGUGCAGCAUGUAGUAGUGUUGGACACGUGUUUAUGACAGUGGCUCACAUGGUUCGCCACAUCCCCAACAUUACUUUUGCUCGCAUAAAUGCUCCUAUCAAUACUCUACCAUGGCACCUCUACUUUGAAACCCUACCCACCAUUAUUGUACACCCACAUUAUAGGAAAAGUGAGAGUAGAGUGUUUGACUUAUCCCACCCUCUAACUCCUGCCAAUUUAAUGUCUUUCUUAGUGGCAAAUCUUGAUCCCACUCAUCGUCUUGCCUUGGCUCUCUCUGCAUGUCAGGAUGAUUGUCGUGAACAAGUAGUUCAAGCAGCCACAGUUAUAACCACUCGGCUUCACCAUGAAAUUACCACCACUACUGGGAGGUUUCAAAAGAUCCUUGAUCGACUUGUGAAAAUGACUGAGGAAGACAAGAUGCUGACUGAUAGCACUCAUUGGGAAGUCCAUUACCAUUUAUUAAUCCACACAAAAUUUCGACUUGCAAAAGAAAUAAAGAAACAAAGAAGCAGACUUCACCAUCUUGGUCAAAUACAGAAAGUGUUAUCAGAGCCUCCAGAAAAGAAGGGGCUACCAAACCCUAGUGAACUCUUAAAAUCUUUACGUUACAUAUUACAAAGAAGCAGUAAUUCCAAGGGGAAACCUGUAGACCCAAGUGCAUAUCAUGAUGAGCUAUAGUAUAGUGGGUAUGAGCUAUAGUAUAGUGGGUCUUUAGAGUUUAAUACUGGAGUUCUACUGUGAUAUUUGUGACAUGCACACACACACACACACACACACACACACACACACACACACACACACACACGGAGAGCUAGAAUAGUUACUACCAAUUUUACACCUCCCAAAACAUACUGUAUCUGUUAAAAAACAUUUUUAUUGUUGCCACCUAGUCAGGCAUAAGGAAUGUUAUAGGCUAGGAAAGUGUGAUGCAUUGUGCAUUUUAUUGGUUCAAGUAUCCAUGUUGUCACUUCUAUAAGCAGGCUUAACUAUUGAAGUAACUUGAAUAAUUAAUUGGUCACACCUAAGGUACUUUUCUCUACAUGUGAUAUAUUCAGUAUGUUGUUGAAGGUGAUCUGUUCACUUGUUACAACUUUAAAGAGAGUAUUAGUUUAGAUUUCAUAUUGAAUAUGAUAUUUGUUGGAAAACUCUGUGCAAGAUUUUUUAAUGGAAAUGAUGUUCUUCCACAAACUAUCCUGCAUUGAUACAGUGGUCCCUCGGUUAACGAGCACAAUUCGUUCCAGAAGGUUGCUCGUCAAUCGAAAAAUUUGUUAACCGAAACCAUUGUUUCAAUGGGUUUUUGGGUAAUUGGUUCCAGCUCACCAA